CGAUGCAACAAGUCGGUGCAUCCGUAGUAGUUGAAGCAUCAGCGCGAGUCGACGCACCUGUCGACGGACCUGCCAAUGAGGCUGUACCAUCACCAAAGGCCUUUGUGGAAUACGUGUAUAAUCAAGACAAGACAGACCUCGAAACGUAUUGGAAAAGGCUGCUCAAGGACAGCCAACCGACCCUCGUGACACCCCGCAACCGCACCUGGUUCCGCACCCGUCACCAAACCCGCCUCGUCGUGCGGAACGCACUCGUCCAUGUAACCGACUAUGAAGCCGUGUGCAAACGGCACGGCAUCACCUUGCACGCUCUGUUUCUCGCAGCAUGGUCUCACUUGGCGUCCAAGAUGACGGGCGUGCGGGACCCGGUGUUUGGAUUGUACCAUUCUGGGCGGACGGUGCCAGUAGAUGGAAUCAAUGUCAUGGUUGCGCCUUGCUUUAACAUUGUGCCGUUCAAGACGAGAGAUGCUGGGAGGGAUUUGAUGGAGGUUGCUCGAGAGAUUCAGGACGAGUUGGUGAGAAUGAGUGGGAUGGCGCAGGUGGAGAUGCGGGAGGUGCUCGAGUGGGUGCCGAGUGCAAAGAGUAAUACUGUUGUGAAUUACCUAAAGUUUCCUGCUGAGCAAAAGGGUGGAGACGAGGAAAAAGUGUUUAACGCCAUAGAGGUCAAUGCCUCUUCGCUGGAUCACAUUCCAUCAGCAACAUUCCAACAGACGACGCCCGUGUCGGACCUUGUCCAUUGCCAUCGCGUGGAAAUAGAUCUGGAGAUUGCCGAGAGAGGGGAUAAUGUGGAUGUGGGAAUCUUUUGCCGGUCAAGCGUGUUGAGCGAGCGUCAAGCGAGGGCUGUAGUGAGCGAGUUGUGUCUGCUCGUAUCGAGUGUGAGCAAUGUGCCGGGUGUACAGAGAGCAAGUGCAGAGAGAGCGCCAGGAAGAGCAAGUGCAGAGAGUGGAAAUGCGAUGCAUAAUGGGAUGAAUGGUAAAAAAAACAAAAAGAGAAAGCAAUGGGACAUUUGCACUGUGCAGUGAAAAUGUUUAAUAUACUAGUAAUAGUACUAUAAUAUAUACAUACAGUCUAUGUAAAACUAUAGAGAGACAAGAGAAUCUAUGUAAAAAUGUAAAAAUAAAAGAGAAUAAACAAAUAAAUGUC